AUGAUUUGUAGACAGCAAGCAGUUUAUAAGCCAAGGCGCAAAACUCACCGCACUAGCGAAGAACAAGUAGCUAGCAAAGAGGCCACGAAUCGAACAGUAAUUGAAAUAGCUAGCUCGUAACCGUAGCUAUAUUUUGUCUGAUCCUUUCAGCCAAGUGUGGACUUCUUCGCAGGGGGAUAUUUUUAGGUCCUCUAUAUUGGAGUGAUACACGUGGGCUAUAAUGCUAAGAAAGGGGAAAAAUGUGGAAUCCAGGUCUAUUGAUCAUGAGAUGCCCAAGGAAACUACAGUGAGAUCCAGGAAAAGAAAAGCAGACGUUGCCAUUUAUUUGCAAGACCCAGAUGAAGUGGCAGAGAUGAUCAAAAAGAAACAGUGUGGAACUCCGGUAUGCUGGAAUCCCGAGUCGGUUUUCACAAGCCCGUGCAGGCGGAUCCCCGCGCCUGACAAUGAAGUCGCUCAACCAGUUGCCUUGAAUACCACUGGCUUUUCUGCUCGGUACACCUUCAAAAACAUAUUUGUCACCCCCACCAGGUCUUCCCCUCUUCCUGUGCUAUGCUGGGCAAGCAGGGACGAUGUAUGGAACAACCUGUUGAGGAAAGACGAGACGUAUUCUCGAGACAUCCACAUCAUGACCAAACACCCACACCUCCAACCCAAGAUGAGGGCUAUUCUUCUGGACUGGCUAAUAGAGGUGUGCGAGGUGUACAAGCUACACAGAGAAACCUUCUACCUGGCUCAGGAUUACUUUGAUAGGUUUAUGGCCACACAGAGCAAUGUUUUCAAGUCAACACUACAGCUCAUCGGCAUCUCUUCUCUGUUUAUAGCGGCCAAAAUGGAGGAAAUCUACCCUCCAAAGGUGCAUCAAUUUGCCUAUGUUACUGAUGGUGCCUGCACUGAGGAUGAUAUCCUCUGUAUGGAGCUAAUCAUUAUGAAGGAGCUGAAGUGGCGUUUGAGUCCCCUGACAUCUGUGUCCUGGCUAAACAUCUACAUGCAGAUUGCCUACCUGAGAGAGUCCGAGGAGGUUCUCAUCCCACAGUACCCACAAACUACUUUUGUACAGAUUGCUGAGCUCCUGGACCUGUGUGUGUUGGAUGUGAAAUCUCUGGAGUUCUGCUAUGGAGUGCUGGCUGCCUCUGCCCUGUUCCAUUUCUCCUCGCUGGAGCUGGUGGAGAAAGUCUCAGCUCUGAAGUGGUUAGACGUUGAGGCGUGUGUGAGGUGGAUGGUCCCCUUUGCCAUGUCCAUCAGAGAAGUUGGCAGCUCAGCCCUGAGGCCGUUCAAAGGAAUCCCAGCAGAUGACAUGCAUAACAUCCAGACCCAUGCUGCCUAUCUGGACUGGAUGGCGAAGGCAUGCUCCUACCCACAAGUGGAUGUAGAUCGCAGCCAGAGUUCCCCAAUACCGUCCGGAGUGCUCACUCCGCCCCCUAGCAGCGAGAAACCAGAGGGCACCGUCUCUUGAUUUCCAUUGGGUGUUUAUUGUGCUACGGUGAAUGGAUAUUUUUGGAUGUCUCUGCCUUUUUUUGAGGGAUUGACAAUUUAAUUGGAGUGUUGCCAAGCUGGACCACCUGCCAAAAACCCAGAGCUGUCACCGGCUCUGAGUGCUGCUAAAGAAGGUGGACUUGGAUUGAUGGAACAGUGGAUGAAUGUGUGUGUAGCUCACGCUUGCCAUUUUGAGAAAGAUAAUACUGCCAGGUUUGGGGACCAGUAGCUCUGCUGCCAAAAUGGACAAGUGGAACAGCCUGCUUCAGAAGCAGAAAUAUGGAUUGUAUUUUAACUCUGCAACUUUCUCUCUUGCAUUUGAGUUUUUACCAAAAUGUAUGAUAUUUGUUUUGAAAUGAGAUGCUGCUACUUAUUUUUUUUAAAUAAAGUCACUGUCGCAGACAGCUUUUAUGUUUUACAA